AGCUUACGACUACUGUCCAAGCAGUGCUGUUACGAAGCCAUUGAGCGGGUGAGUGAGAGUGUACGUGUACGUCCAGCGCAGCGCACGAAGAACUUCCUCUCCUGCGCUUCUUUCGACGCGCUGCCCCACGUCCAUUCAUUCCACCUUUGCGUUUGUUGAUUAAGAAAGUUUUUUCCCACCCGUAUAGGCCUCCGAGACCCCCCACCCCUUCCUAGAGCUGUAAAGGCAGGUGCUUGUUAGUAUUAGUAGUAGUGAGAGGGAGCAGACGAACACACGUCGUGUAGAGACGCCGCGGCCGGCAACGAUUGUGUCGCCUUUAGACGGUUGCGGGUGCAUUUCAUUGGGAAACUCUUCUUGCUCCCCCCCUCUCCGUUCCAAGAAACGAGAGACAAUCUGUAUUACCUUCUGUCGUGUUGCUCUUGAAUCUAUAGUGUAUAUCGACCUUAUCGCUUUCCAUUUUUUUUUUUUAACUCCCUCCCCCAUCUACCAUGCGCAAGGGGUUUCUUCGCUCGUCGGCCAUGCUGCUGGAGCGCGUGCAUGGCAACCUCAAGGACCAAGACCGCAUCUUCACGAACCUGUACGAUGACUUUGGCACCGACAUCGGUGCGGCGGAACGCCGCGGUGACUGGUACCGCACCAAGGACCUACUGCUGAAGGGGCACGACUGGGUGAUCAACGAGAUCAAGGCGAGCGGUCUGCGCGGCCGCGGCGGCGCCGGUUUCCCUUCUGGGCUGAAGUGGUCCUUCAUGCCCAAGAAGAAGCCCGACAACCGCCCGAGCUACAUCGUCGUGAACUGCGAUGAGUCGGAGCCUGGCACGUGCAAGGACCGAGAGAUCAUGCGCCACGAGCCGCACAAGCUGGUCGAGGGCUCCCUCGUCGCCGGCUUUGCGAUGCGGGCCCGCUACGGCUACAUUUACAUCCGCGGCGAGUUCUACAACGAGUGGCGCGCGGUGGAGAAGGCGAUUCACGAGGCCUAUCAGAAAGGCUACCUCGGCAAGAACGCGUGCGGCAGCGGGUGGGACUUCGAUCUCUACACCUACCGCGGCGCCGGCGCCUACAUCUGCGGCGAGGAGACGGCGAUGAUUUCUAGCAUCGAGGGCGGCCCGGGCAAGCCGCGCCUGAAGCCGCCGUUCCCCGCCAACAUCGGUCUCUACAGCUGCCCGACCACCGUCACGAACUGCGAGACCGUCUCCGUGUCGCCGACAAUCCUGCGCCGCGGCCCGCAGUGGUUCUUGCAGUUCGGCCGCAAAGGCAACGCCGGCACGAAGCUGUACUCCUUCUCCGGCCACGUGAACCGCCCAUGCACGGUGGAGGAGGAGAUGAGUAUGCCGCUGCGCGAGCUGAUUGAGCGCCACGCCGGCGGCGUUCGUGGUGGGUGGGACAACCUGCUGUGCGUCAUCCCGGGCGGCUCGUCGUGCCCGCUGAUCCCGAAGCACAUCUGCGAUGACGUGAUCAUGGACUACGAUGCGCUGAAGGCGGCACAGACGGGGCUGGGCACGGCGGCCGUCAUCGUGAUGGACAAGUCGACCGACGUGAUCAACGCGAUUGAGCGUCUUUCGCAGUUCUACAUGCACGAGUCGUGCGGGCAGUGCACGCCGUGCCGCGAGGGCAGCCCGUGGCUGGACAAGAUGAUGAAGCGCUUCGUCAACGGCAACGCCAAGAAGGAGGAGAUCUACACCAUAUGGGACGUCUCGAAGCAGAUGGAGGGGCGGUCCAUCUGUGCGCUCGGCACCGCCGCAGCAUGGCCGGUGCAGGGCCUCAUCCGUCACUUCCAGCCGCUCAUGGAGGAGCGGAUCGAGAAGUACUGGGAGGCCAACCCGCACUGGGGACAAGCUGGCUCGCCGUGGCGCCGCUGGAAGACGCACCGCUACUACACCAUGCAGAAGGGCGAUCGCCUCAACUGGGACGGUAAGAUCGUGCGCAACUGGAACUGA